UUUUUUUUAAAAAAAAGAGUUUCUUUCUAUAUUUCUUUCUUUCCCUUAUUCUUUUUUUUUUCUUUCUUACACUUCAUUCCUCCUCCUUCUUCUCCUCAUUACUUACUUCUUUAUUUUUCCCUUUUCGAUUUUUUUUUUUUAUAAAAUAUGAAAUACGGAUUGGAAUUACAAGAAAAUAUAUUUGCACCUUGGAGACUCUCUUAUAUUGCCUAUGAUGUAUUAAAACAAGAACUCAAAACUCGUCAAUUGGAUCAUUCAUGGACUGAUAAGGAUGAAAAUGACUUUGUGAUGUUAUUGGACAAUGAACUGACCAAAGUAUAUGAUUUUGUCAAUGCCAAAUUAUCUGAAAUUGAUGCACGCAUUUUAUAUUGUGAACGAACCAUUCAAACCUUACAAAAAAAUUCAACUAUGCACUCGGACGCCAAUUAUCGUAUUAUGGAUGAAGCUCUUACAGAAAUUUUAUUUGAUGUCAAUGAUCUUUCCAAAUUCACCAGGGUCAACUUUUUAGCUAUUCAAAAGAUCUUGAAAAAGCACGAUAAAUGGACGGGGUUGGAUUUGAAACAUCAAUAUGUCAGCAAAUUACGAGAAAAACCUUUGGAUAAGCAACGAUUCGAUGUAGCCAUUGUUUAUAUUUCUGCUUUACACGAUAUUUGUCGACAUCAAGGAAAAUCAAAUGACGCAAAACCUUUAGGUGGUGAUCAAAAUGCAUUUGAACGUGCUACUGCUAAAUAUUGGAUUCAUCCUGAUAAUAUCACUGAAGUCAAGGCUAUUAUUAUGUUACACUUACCUGUUCUUAUCUUUAACAAGUCAAAAAAAUUCGAAACUUCCGAUGCUGCUGUCUCUUCUGUAUACUUUGAUAAUCGUAACUUUGAUCUCUAUACUGGUCGUUUACAACGGGAUGAAGAAGCCGAAGCUAUUCGUUUUAGAUGGUAUGGACCUUAUGACACUAACACUGUAUUUAUUGAACGAAAAACUCAUCAUGCUUCUUGGUUGGAUGGUGCUUCUGUUAAAGAUCGUUUCCCUAUCAAAGAAUCUCGAGUGAACUCUUUUGUGGAUGGAUCCUAUACUGCCGAUAUGAUUGCCGCUGAAAUGACUGCCAAAGGAAACCCUGAGGAUACUAUCAAGGAUAUGCACUUUACUGCCACUGGUGUUCAAAAAUCUUUCCGUGAAAAAGGAUUGGAAUCUAUGUUACGUGUUUAUUAUAAUCGAACGGCUUUCCAACUUCCCGAUGAUCAAAAGUUACGUAUUUCUUUAGACACUGAUUUGACUUUUAUUCGUGAAGAUCAUAUUGAUGGUCGUCUACGACAUGGUGACAACUGGCGACGAACUGAUGUAGGCAUUGAUUAUCCUUUCAAUUAUGUGGCUCCUCAAGAUAUCUUACGCUUCCCAUAUGCUGUAUUGGAAACUAAAUUACAAACUCAUCUGGGUCAAGAACCUCCUCAAUGGCUGACUUCCUUGAUUGAAUCUCAUCUCGUCCAUGAAGUGCCAAGAUUUUCGAAAUAUCUCCAUGGUGCUUGUCAUUUCUAUCGUGAAAAGUUACCUCUUUUACCUUGGUGGCUGUCUGAAUUGAACAAUGAUAUCCGAAAAGGUCGUGUGGAAAAUACUGGUCUCACUCGUUCAAGAAGUUUCAAACCUUUGAUUGAUGGUCAAUAUCGCCGUGCUAUGUUGGAAGAAAAGGAACGUAAGAAUUCACAAGCUGUUGUAGAAGGUCGAAAUAUAUCUGGAUCACGUAGCCCUAGCAAUAAUUCAAAUGAUGAAUCAACAAAGGCAUCUUCUUCUCCUAUGAACCGUCGACGUUCCAAUUCUAUUGAUGAAAAGGUGGCUGCUCAGUGGCGACCAGUGGAUAAUCCUCCCAACAAACAAGACUAUACAUCUAUUGAAUUAGGUCCAACAAAUCAUGGUGGUACUUAUGAUCCAUUAUUACCUCCAUCAUCAUCAACUCCUGCACCAUCCAAGGUCAGCAACUUUAUCAACAACAACAAAAAUCGAUUAUUAGGCACUCCUGUCGAUGAACCCAAACAGAAAUACGAAAAAGCAAAAGUCAAGGUACGAGCUGAACCCAAGGUAUUUUUCGCCAACGAACGUACUUUUAUCUCCUGGUUACAAUUCUGUGCUCUUUUGUUGACGGUUGCUCUGAACUUAUUGAACUUUGGUGAUUAUUCCGCUCGUAUUGCAGGUGGGGUCUUUUUAGGUAUCUCAGCUUUUGUUGCCAUAUAUGCUUUAUAUCGAUUUGAAAAACGUGCUUAUAUGAUCAAUCGUCAAAUUGAUGGCCGUUAUGAUGAUUUAUAUGGUCCUGCUGUUCUCUGUGUUCUUUUGGUUGGUGCUCUCAUUGUCAAUUUUUACCUUCGAUUCCGUUAAACUUGUUAUCUCAUUUAUUUAUUUAUCUCACUGUAUUUUCCCAUUCUUUCCACUGUUUUUAUACAUAUUUUUUUUUUUUUUUUGUUGUUG